UUAUUUACUUUAUGACAGGAACUUCAUCACGCUGGCGAAACUUUCAACGAAUGUUUGAAGAGUUUCUUCUGCGGAAAACGGAGACUUUAUUUAAUCCAAGCAGAGGAUGAACAUACAUCGAUGUAAUAAAUAUGUGGAGUAUUUAUUUAAUUAAAACAGACUUUGACAAGUUAUACAGUUAGUACUACAGUGAGUUCUGUAGAUUGCCCGGCUUCUCCUCAACAUGAAUGAAUGAAUCUUCUCGGAGUCUCGGAGGAAUUCUGAACCGAUUGAAAAUGAGCUAUGACUCAAACCCAGUGGACGGAGAGGUAAAUGAUAAUAAAUAUUUCUCGAAAACAGCCACGACUGAUGCUGAGGUGACUUUUGAACGUCGAAGCGCGCCGCCGGAAACGCGUUUGUAUAAAAAGAGAUGGGUCAUAGUGUUUUUAUUCAGCUCGUAUUCGCUGUGUAACUCUUAUCAAUGGAUUCAAUACGGAAUCAUCAACAAUAUCUUCAUGCGCUUCUACAGCGUGGACUCUUUCACCAUUGACUGGAUGUCUAUGAUUUACAUGUUGACGUACAUUCCGCUAAUUUUCCCCGUCUCGUGGCUCUUGGAUAAGAAAGGGUUGAGGGUCAUCGCGCUCGUGGCCGCGGCUCUGAAUUGCACGGGCACGUGGAUCAAGGUGGCCAGCGCAAGACCGGACCUUUUUCCUGUCACAUUUUUGGGUCAAUUCACGUGCUCCGUGGCUCAGGUGUUUAUCCUCGGGAUGCCCUCGCACAUCGCGUCGGUCUGGUUCGGAUCGGAAGAAGUGUCCACAGCGUGCUCCAUCGGGGUCUUUGGAAAUCAGUUGGGGAUCGCAAUAGGCUUCCUGGUUCCACCAAUACUGGUUCCAAAUGCGGACGAUCUGGACGAGUUGGCGGCUCACAUUAGAGUCAUGUUCUACAUCACGGCGGGAGUGGCCACCUUCCUGUUUGUAUUGGUUGUCAUUGUGUUUCAGGAGCGUCCAGACAUCCCUCCCACCCACGCUCAGGCCGCAGCUCGGCGGAUCUCUCCAGAGAACUACUCAUAUACAGCAUCCAUCCACAGGCUGCUUCGCAACAAAGCCUUCAUCCUUCUCGUCAUCACUUACGGGCUAAAUGUUGGCUGUUUCUAUGCUGUCAGUACGCUUCUCAACCGAAUGAUCAUUGAACACUAUCCUGGAGAGGAGGUGAAUGCUGGCAGGAUCGGCCUCACCAUCGUGAUCGCUGGCAUGGUGGGAUCCCUCAUCUGUGGGAUCUGGUUAGACCGAUCUAAGACAUACAAACAAACGACUCUAGCCGUGUAUCUGAUGUCUCUUGUGGGUUUGGUGCUUUAUGCUUUUACCUUGGAUCUGGGUCACCUGUGGGUGGUCUUCAUCACAGCAGGAGCCCUCGGGUUCUUCAUGACGGGUUACCUUCCCCUCGGUUUUGAGUUUGCUGUUGAAUUGACUUACCCAGAGUCUGAGGGGACGUCUUCAGGACUUCUGAACUGCUCUGCACAGGUAUUCGGGAUCAUAUUUACGAUCUGUCAGGGGAAAAUCAUGGACUCUUUUAAUACUCUGGCCGGAAAUCUCUUCCUGUGUGCCUUCCUGCUGAUAGGAACCAUGAUUACAGCAUGUAUUAAGUCUGAUCUGCGCAGACAGCUGGCAAACCAGCAAGCACUGGCAGCCGCAGCUUUGGGCAAGUCAGUCGUUCAGGUUCACAGUGGGACGUCUCUCUACCCUCCACACACAUGUGAUCAAUCAAUCAUUGCCUGAUUUUAUUGCUCACUGUGGUUCAGGUAUGGGUGUCACAUGUGAUCAGCACUUCUGAUUCACGAUCGAUGAGGCUCAUUUUAAUUAUCCCUUAUAAAGUGAUUCAGAUGUGCUUUUGAUUCUCUUUUAUAGUCCAAUGUUCAUGAUUUUGUUGCCUACUCUGUCUGAACACUUCACCUUUGAGCUUUGUACGUGUGUGUUCAUUGUAGUUUGAUGUUUGAUGUGUACUAACAUUUAACCUUCAUUUAAUCCACUAACCUAUACUAAGGCAGAUGUGUUCAUGAAACUGGUUUGUGGCCAGCAGGGAGCACCGUUUUACUGUGCUAUCUGUUACUGAUUAUGUAUUUUGUGUUUGCAGGUCCCUGUGGAAACGUCACCGGCACAAGCUUUUGAAGCCAAACUCUAAUGUGAUCACGAGACUGAUCAUGUAGCACAUUUAUCGUUUUUAUCCGGCCUUGAAUUUUGAUUUAUUUUUCCUUUAGGACUUUUGAAUCACGCUGUAUUGUGUUUGUGUGUGUGUGUGUGUGUGUGUGUGUGUGUGUGUGUGUGUGUGUGUGUGUGUGUGUGUGUGUGUGUGUGUGUGUGUGUGCAAGUGUUUAUAACAGCCAGGGAUUGAUCAGGUGUUUGUUUGUUGGUAUUGUGUGAUCAUUUGUUUACUUGAUCACUAAUCAUCAAAAGUAGGACUUAUUCAAAGUAUAUUCAAUAGUUUAUCAAAUGAUGAUUUAAAUUAUUGUUAACAUUUAAAAUGUAUUAUAUCUUCAAAUAAUUUCUUUUUGUAAGUUUGAAAAAAAUUCUACUAUGGAACCCAUAAGAAUGUGGAGCGUUUCAGUAUUGUUUGAAACCGAAGCUCAACACAGUUAAAUUUACUGUGUGUGUUGGUGUCAAUCUGUGCAGUAAUAAUACUGAAUACUGUUCUUUAUAUAUAGUUGUUUGAUUUAUUUAUUUUUUACCCUAACAGAAGUUCUCUAAAGACCAUCUAAAAUAAAUUUAAAUACAUAAAAUAAACCUAAUAUCUAAACCACA